CCAAACACCAAUUCUUAGAGGUUACUUCGUUAUCAACUUAUCAGCUACAACUGAUUGUGACUGCAUGAUUGCAAAGCCAUCCCCAAUAUGAUGGGCUUUUAAUUCGGCAGAACUACUCGGCGUCUCCGCAGUCGGAAUAAGGGCCCCUUCGAAGAAGCCAAAAGCCCCCCGCCGUGGAAAAGCAGAAAAAUGACCCCGCAACCCUGAUAUCAGAUGCAGUACCGUUCAUCUGAUAGUCAGGCCACACGGUACAGUCCCUCGUAUACUAGGGCAUAUUGCACAGUUCAUGCUGGCCGUGCACGGUACUGCCGUUCUUUGACUAAUCCAGGACACCAGCGACCGCCGAGUCAAAAAGUCUGGGUCUAACAUCACCUUAGAGAUCUUAAAAACGUCCUGUCCCUCAUCUCUCUCUACUCUCUUGUUCCCUCCUCCUUAUUGCUUUUGCCUUUCUGCUGUGUAUUCAUUCGCCAUGGCGCCCGCGACCCUCAUGAUCGAUCCCAGUGACGACUUCGUCAUGCCUGUCACAAAGUCUGUCCAAUCUACCUCGCCACCCAAGCGAACCCUUCUUCUGGCGCCUCCUUCUCUUGCUUCCAAUUCCGACGCCCUCACAUCCGUCCUCGCCGAUUAUGAUCGCUCCGUCACCGAUCUCCAGAUGCUUGACCGUCUCUCCUUAGGAUUGGUCACACUACCUCCUUCCACCUACGAUCUUGUCUUGGUCCUAUCCGAUGCCUCUUCUAUGCUGGGCGAAUCCCUCGCUUUGAUGAACCGAACUGUCCUUGGUCCUGUCGCCGAGUCCCUCAAGCCUAGCGGUCGCCUACAGUCUCAAGAUGGCAACAGCCUGGAGGAGUCCACUUUGUCAAAGGAAGCGGUUUUGGCCGGGUUGAUAUCAUCGCGGGGUGGCUUUGAGAAACCCGACUACGGCGAGAAUGACGGAGCCAUUACUCUGAAGUUUGGCAAGAAGAAAUCCCAGCCCGCUCCUCUCGCCGAUGGCUCUGUUCCUCUAAAUCUGAAGAGGAAGCCCGCUGAGGCGAAAUCGAAACCAGUCGUCCCCGCCGGCGUCGGCUUCAUCGAUCUUGAGGACGACCUUGACGACGACGACCUAAUUGAUGAGGAUACUCUCAUGACUGAAGCGGAUCUCGCGAGACCCAUCAAUAUCCCUGCCGAAUGUCAACCCAAGGCUGGCAAACGUCGUCGGGCCUGCAAGGACUGCACCUGUGGUUUGGCCGAACGUCUUGCUGCCGAAGACGCCGACAAACGCGCAACCGCCGACAAGAAACUUGAGAGCAUUAAGCUGGCAACAGACGACCUGGCCGAGAUCGACUUCACCGUGCAAGGUAAGGUCGGCUCAUGCGGCAACUGUUCCCUUGGCGACGCUUUCCGUUGUGACGGAUGCCCUUAUAUUGGCCUUCCUCCCUUCAAGCCAGGCGAAGAAGUUCGCCUGCUCAAUAACGAUGUGCAACUCUAAACUUUGACUUAUACAAUCUUUCUCUCUUCAUGGACAACGACGGCGCAGCACUGCAGGCGUAAAUACAAGCUUUACUUGAUAGGUGGAUUGUUUGCUUUGGAACAUGGAACACGAUACACAGGCUGCAAGUCACAAGGAUCUCGGGGCAAGGUUUCACGGAGGGCUCUGAUCUAGAUACGGAGUUUGUCGGCGUAGGAUUACCAACUUAGAUGAUGACAAAAAUUGACUUGAUUCGCGAUAAUGAAUAUAAGGAAAACGCCAGACCUCCCAAUUGUGACACAACCAACCACUUUAUGCAAAAGAACCAGGGCGCCAGCUAAAUUAUACAACCAGAAGAAUCUUGUCCAGGUAGAAACGAGGCCCAUCCAUGACCGCUGGUUUUCCAUUAUUCGGCGUACUUGGUGACAAACUUUUCGCUACUGUCAUGAUUCGCUGGAAACCUAGCACUGUUGCUAGUUCCCGGUGUUGUUACAUGCAAAUCGUCUAGUUCGCUUUCAUCAAAAGCCGCCGACUCAAGAUCACCAGGCUGUGACUUGGCUCGAUGGCCGUUGGGUCGGCUGGAAAGAUCG